AUGUCAUCAUCAUCAUCUUCGAAAUCACAUCCUCAACCUCGUAUUCCUGUUCCAAAAACUCGACUGCCUGUCUAUCAAGCAACGACAACAACGGCAGUGCCUUUAAGACCUAAAAAUGGUCUCACAAUAGGCACUCCGCGACCUAUGUCGGCCUCGAAUCGUUCAUCGCUUCCAUCACCAUCUCAGUCAGGAACUCAGCCACGGCUCGGUUCUAUACCACGACCGAUAGCGCCUGGCUUACAGCCAGCACAGGCAGCUUUGCUCGAAGCUCGUAGUCGUUCCAUCAGUCCAUCAUCAACGAAUGGUACAAAGUCGACACCAACACAACAUGUAACUAAAACUCAAACAACACCAAAUCGGUUCCAUACAACAAUUACAUCGAAAUCGAAAGUGGUACCAUCGUCUUCAAAUCGUGUCCAAAAAGAUUCGCCGUCAACGACGGCGACAGCUGAUCGUCAACGUAUAAAUACAUCUUCCCGUCCUUCGAAUAUUUCUUCCCUGAUCCCAUCUGCACAAGCAAUAAAAGCUGAUGUCAAUGUUAUUCGCGAUCGAUACAAAGCUCCAAAACGUAUGAAUUUCUUUACACGACGUACUCCUAUAUCAAACGCUCUGAAAGCAUCGCCAAUUGAACCAACAGUGAUCGAAGAAGAGAAAAACGAGCAAUCAUCAGCUGAUGAACAUACAGCAAGUUUCCCAGUCGAAAGUCAAAAUGAUGAUCUAACCACGGAUUCCGUUCAUCAUGGCGAUUCGGCCUACGCCAGCACAGAAUCACCUACAAAUCGUCCGACAUCUGCACAACGCUCUCAAGCUAGUCGCUAUCGACAUCGAACACCCAGUACUUUAUCCUCCUCAUCUGCCCUUUCGAAUGUUCUCAAUCAAGAAGGAUUAUUAGACGAUGACAAUUGUAGUCUAAAAUCAGAUGAUUUAAUUUGUGAUUAUGAUGAUACACUUACUUUAGAUUCAAUUAGCAAAACUAAUCGAACAGAUUCCAUUUCGUCAACAUCGUUAUCUUUAGACAUCAAUAAAAAUUCCUCUUCAACAACUAAAGUUUAUGCAUCAGCAAUGCAACCUUCCUUCAAAGAUAAUCGACCUGCGAAUAAUGUCCGCGAAUCACUUGAUGAAUUAAAUCGCCUAAGUCAUCGAAUGGAUAGUGUUUUUGAGCAAGAUCCUCAUCGAUUAACACGAUCGAUUUCAUUAAAACCACCUUCAACGACAUUGCCACCGCGUGAAGAUGCUGAACAAAUAACUAUGGAUAUUGAAUCUUACCGUCAAGUAAUGAAAGACGUGAUGGUUGUCAAAACAAUCCUCCAUCAACUUGAUCGAUUAUUAAAACAUUCCGAUGGCGCAAAUAUGACCGAUUCUAUGAUUGGUUCAUUUCAUGAUUCAAUGAUCAGUUCAAGGCAUCAGUCAUUGAGCGGUAUGGCUUGUGAGAAUCACAUUCGAACAAAUUCUGUCGAUGAAAACUCCUCGUAUGAAGAUCUAGUGAAAGAAUUACUGACAUUACGUAAAGAAAGAGAACAAGAUAAACAAACAAUAAAAUUGUUACAAGAGCAAAUGUAUAAGUACUCCAGUCAAGCUAACAGUUCAUGA